AAAUUAGUUUGUUGUCUUUUUUUACAGACUUUGGUAGUUAAUGCCCUGGAGUUUAGAAACAAAUAUGCAACUCGUCCAUAUCUGCCUGAAGAGCUUAUAGAAGUGGAGUUUAAAAAGACUUUCAUGAACGCAGUGACUGAGGUGCAUUGGCCGGCGUCUGACACUUGCGAUAUUUUACGUGGACCUCUCGAGGAGACGUCUGUCUGUUCUGUAGAUGGUCAUGCUAAACUCAUUCUUUCCUCUUCUGGAGAGGAGUUCACAGUGGAGUUUAUCUGCAGGUCCAGCCAAAGUAAAAUAGACUCACAAUAUCAAGGGAUCCAACACAAAAGCACGUGUUUGCUAGGUGCCCUGUCAUCAAAAUCAGUCACGGUUAAAGACUUAAACGCCUCAGCUGAUGCUCAAAUUCAUCGUCGUCCAGCUGCAGAAUCUGUGGAGCCAACCAGCAAAACAUCCAGUAAGGUGGAUCUGUACACCAAAGUCAUCCAGCAGUAUUCCCGAGCAUCUUACCCACAAACAUGGCAAUAUCCUUUAUCAUUAGCUGUCAGGCAUCUGGAAUCACAAAGAACUGAAAGACACACUGGACAACCUACAUCAAGUCAUGCAGAUCUACAAGACGCAGAAGUUCAGCUACCAACAGAGCUGAAGUCGAAACUUCCUGAUGCGUUGCCUUUGAAAUGUCCAUCUCCUCAUCAGCACAGGUGGAGGUAUGAGAAAGUAAAUCCUGAUUGGCUGGAGCAGGAAGUGGAAGUUACCACUGAGCUGGUGAAAGUGGUCUGGUGCAAAGGUGUCAUAUAUCG